GAAUCUGGAUGAGCUGCCCAGAAUUUGUCCCUGCUUUAUGGUCUUAACAAUAAUGGAGCCCUUGUUGAGAGGUCUCCUAGUCCUGUUGUGCUUGCUGACUGUAGAACCAACUGAGUAUGUAAAUGAGAAUGCAACACAAGGAAAAAUACCAUCGAGAUUCUGCAAUGUCUAUAAACAUGUUGCCACAGUUGCUGGAACAGGAGGAUCUAAAAAUAUAUCCUUCUGGCAUCCAAAUUGUCCAUUUGAAGGCUAUUAUUCUCUUGGAGAUGUGGUUAAAAGAGGUCCUGGACAGCCUAUGACUUGGGCUUUGAUGGUAAAGGAAGAGAGUAAUGGUCUUCUGAAACAUCCUCAAGGUUUCAGGGAACUCUGGAAAAAGAGAAACCAUGGAGCAAAGACUGAAAUUAAAAUACUUGAAAUGGAGUGUUCAAAUGGAUAUAAAGCUCUAGGUAAUGUAGUUAUUAAGGGCUACAAUCCGCAUCCUGAUUGGCAUCGUUACAGGUGUGUCAAUGAAAGUCUGUUAGUACACGGAAAAUCUGAAUUUAUCUUAAGUCUGACCGAUGAGUUUGGAGCAUGGGAAAUUGAAGCAGAUCAUGCUGUAUCUACAGAUGGCUUAUCUGCAGGAACUUUUAUAAUUAUGACCAAUCACCCUGAACACAUGGAAAGAGUCUACGUCCUCAAUGAAUACAAAGUUAUGUUAAAACAACAUGCAUCUCUUCAGUCAAAUGAUUCUGAGGAUGUUCUGUACAACUAG